AUGUUCAAGAACAACGAGAAUAGCGUCUUGAUCUGCUUCAACCCCAUUGAUGAAUAUGCGCACCAUGUAUCGGAGGCAAAUCUCCUAUUCUGGGGCACUACCCUUCUCAGUUUCGUUUAUUCUUUCGUGCGUAACUACAUAUCAAAGCAUGUCGCGCCACCAGGCGACCUCCCUAUCUUUGAAGUCCGCUUCGUCGAGGCCGGCGUUGCUCUGGUUCACAAUGCGGCGGCAGAUGGCAAGUCGAGCAAAAUGAUGACAUCACUCCGACGAUCAUAUCUCAUUGAAGAAUUAAUUGGAACGGGCAAGUUUGUGAAGUACAUCAAUAACAAUAGUGCAGUGCCCGUUCCGUCGCUUCCAGAAGAUCUCAAGCUGUUGGCAUCGUUCCUCUGUUUUACACAACAUGUCCAAUACGAACACACCGGGCGUUUGGUCUUUCUUUCUGAUCUUCAAGGCCGGUUCAUUCGAUCUGGCUCACUGUUUCAUACUAACUCUAUCCAAGGCUCCGGAAAUCUCUUGACGGAUCCGCAGGUUAUGACUUCACCGACUCUCGAACGUGGUCUGUUUGGUGGUGGCAAUUCAGGCAGGUUCUUCGAGAAGUUUCCUGAGCAGCAUGUAUGCUCCGGUUACUGCAAGUUUUUUGGACUGUCUAGUCUCAUGUAA